AGCAGAUUCAUCAAAUCCAUAGCAGCUGAGGUGUGCUCAUUCCCAAGGAAAUGGAAUCCUUGCUACCGUUCCUGCUUUUUGCAUUUGCCAAUGCCUGUGCACCGCCGGGUUUUGUUCAGAGUAAUGAUCCAGGCAAUGUCGGCGCAAGAUGCUCGGAUCUUAUCCUUUACCCUGUUUCAGCAGUUGACCAAAGUGACCAGUACAGGUUUGACUACAGUGAUGUUAGCUUCGGUAACACUCAUGCCCAAGGGGCUACGGUAGCCAUAACAUGCACUACAGGUGGACAACCGGCUACGGUAGAAGGUUAUGAUCAGCAACGGACAUCGAUCUCAGCAGCGCCGAGUUUACUGGCUACCUGUACGAAUGUGGGUGGAAGCCAAUACACAUGGACGAUACUCGGACGAAUUUUGCAAUUUGUUGACUGCCGAUUUUGAGCCAUGAACGAAGAAACGACGUCUUGUACCAUAUAUGACCAUUAUUGUAACCUCCAAAAAACAUGAGUGUUGCACCCAUGAUGUACUGUAGACUCUGAGACCUUGACUUCAUGCACAUCUUCAACUUUUCUGCUCAAAUUUGCCGCAAAACAAAUUUUUAUAAGUGU